UGAUUGAGAAAGAUGUGCAAACUGGCUAAAGAUGUAAGCCAAGUUGUGAAUGAUAUUCAGAAGUUAAGAAGAAAUAGAAGGAAGAAGACAAUUCUUGGUGGGUGGUGUCCUAAAUGGAUUUGCGAUAUCGGUUGAGUAGAAGAAGAAGAGAAAAGAAGCAUUAUGUCCAAUCUACGGGAAAGUGCAAAUUGACAAAGUCUCCUAUCCUACCACGUUCCCAGGAUAAAUUUUCACCCCUAAAGAAUUUCAGCUUUUCAAGUCCACGGAACCUGUUUUUUAUCAGAUUAUUGAGGCACUAAAAGAUGAUGAUCCAUAUCAUUGGAUUGUAUGGGAUGGGCGGAGCCGGUAAGACAACUUUGGCAAAAGCGGUGGGUAGAAAGUCAAAGAUGAGGAAUAUUGAUGAGUUUUGAUCAUUGUUGUGUCCCAAGCUUCGAACUUUAAAAGUAUUCAAAGUGACCUUGCAAAUCUUUGGGUAUGAAAUUGGAGAGGAAGCGAAGAAGCAAGCAAAGCGUUUGUACUUGAGAUUUAUGGAGACUAAAAAGAAGAUCCUCAUAAUCUUAGUGAUGUUGGAAAAACUUUGACUUGAAAUCUAAAUAGGACUUCCUUUUGGCAAUGAUCUCAAGGGAUGCAAAAUCCUUCUAACUACUCGUAGAAAAAACGUAUGUAUUGGUAUGAGAUGUCAACAACGGAUUCUUUUGAAUGAAUUGGAUGAAGGUGAAGGGUUGUCUUUACUUAAAAAGCAUGCAGGUAUAGAUGAUGAAUUCCAUCCCUUGAAUGAUGUAGCAAUUAAAGUUGCUAAAGAGUGCAAGGGUUUGCCAUUAGCAAUUGUAACUAUUGGAAGUGCUUUAAAAGAAAAAGGUAUUGAUGAAUGGAAACUUGUAUUUGAGAAAUUAAAAAAGUCAAAACUUGUGGAUAUGUGUAAGGACAUUGAUGUGGAUGAGGAUGUCUAUGCUAUUCUCAAGGUCAGUUAUGAUUAUUUGGAGGGUAAAGAAACCAAGUUAUGUUUCUUGUUAUGUUCGCUAUUUCCUGAAGAUUAUGAAAUUCCUUUGGAGGAAUUGGCUAAAUGUGGAAUGGGGCUAGGUUUAUUUUCAUAUGCUGACUCAAUUGAACAAGCAAGGAGUCAAUUGCGAGUGAUAGUUAAUAAACUCAAAGCUUCUUGUUUGUUGAUAGAUGCUAGUGAUGAAGAACUUGUGAAAAUGCAUGAUGUGGUUCGUGAUGUUGCAUUGGGAAUUGCAUCUAUAGGAGAGAAUUCGUUCAUGGUUAAAGCUGGCUUAGGAUUGACUGAAUGGCCAAAGGAGGAAAAACACCUUGAACAAUACACAGCAAUCUCCUUAAUGGCCAACAAACUACUUGUGCUUCCUGAUCAUGUGGUAUGUCCAAAGCUUGAAACUUUUUUAUUGUCUCGGCAAUACUGUCAUUACCGUGAUUACAAUAUUGAAGUUUCAAACCAUUUUUUUCAAGAGAUGAAAGCAUUAAAAAAUUUAACUCUAAGUUAUGUGAACUUGUCAUUAAAAUCACUUACAUUCUUGACAAAUCUCAUAUUUCUAGAGUUGAUUGAUUGCAAUUUGAGAGACAUCUCUUCCCUCAAACAUCUUAUUAGACUUGAGAUUCUUAGUUUAAGAAAUUCAUUAUUUGAUGAAUUCCCAAAGGAACUAGGGGCACUUACUGAAUUAAGAUUGUUGGAUUUGCGUACCUUUUGUCAGUUAAAAAAACUUUCUUCCAAUGUCAUACAGAGAUUUUCUCAGCUAGAAGAGUUAUAUGUCGGUGACUGCUUUGAUAAAUGGGAAGAUGAAAGGACAAGAGUGAAAGGAAGCAAUGCUAGUCUUUCUGAGUUCAAAUCUCUAUCCAAAUUGGUCGUUCUAUUUUUGGAAACAAAUACUAAAUGCCUUCCAAAAGACUUUGGCUUUGUCUGUAACAAAUUGCUAAGGUAUGACAUAAGUGUAAACACUUAUACAGAUUGUCAUGUAUCAGAAUCAAGGAAAAAAGCUUUAACAAUCAAAGAUAUUGAAGCACCCUCACUGAUUACAUUUAAAGCUUUGUCUCCUACCCUCGAAUAUCUCUGUUUGAAAGAAGUGACAGGCUGUGAAAAUAUCCUCCCAAGCAUUGACAAAGGGGGAUUAAAUAAGUUGAAUUCACUUGUGCUUGAAGAUUGUAAAGAUUUGAAAUGCAUCAUAGAUACCUUCCAAAUGCAAGUGCCAAAUCCUACCUUCUCUAAUUUGGUGAAAUUAUCUCUUACAAGGUUAAAUCUUCUCAGAGAAAUAUGUUGUGGUCCAUGUGGAAAGCUUCAGAGUCUUACAAAUUUAAAAGUGAGAGAGUGCAAAAGUUUGACUUGUCUCUUCACUUUGUCACUUGCUCGAAGUUUGGUGCAAUUGAAAUCACUAGAAUUAAGUGAUUGUGAGAGUUUGAAGCAUUUGUUCAUGAGAGAGGAAGUUGAUAAUGACAGGGGAAAGGAAAUAUUAUCAGAAUCUAAUCAUGUCGCAAUUGUGCUCCCAAAUUUAGAAAAGUUAAGCAUUGAAAAAUUACCACAAUUGAGGUGUAUAUGGAAGGGGCCGACCUAUCAUGUAAACCUUAAAAAUCUCAUAGAUGUUAAAGUGAGAGAAUGCAAAAGCUUAACUUAUCUAUUCACUUUGUCACAUGUUCGGAGUUUAGUACAGUUGAAAUCACUCGAAGUGCAUGGUUGUGAGAACUUAGAGCAUCUAGUCAUAACAGAAGAGGUUGAUAAUGACGAGGGAGAGGACAUGCGGUCAAAAUAUGAUCAUUACAUCCAAUAUACUUUCUUGUCAAAUUUAGAAUCUCUCCAAAUAAAUUCAUGCGAAAGAUUGGAAUAUAUUUUUCCGAUCUCUGUUGCACGAGUUCUUGUACAACUUCAGAUGCUUACCAUAGAAAAUGCCCCUCAGCUAAAGCAAGUCUUUUUUGGGGAUCAUGGAAGAGAAGAAGGAGAUGGAAAAGAAAUUGCAGUCAUCGAGUUCGCUCAGUUAAAAGUACUAAAACUUUAUGGACUUGCAAACAUCAUUAGAUUCUGCCCAGAAAAUUAUCAUUCAAUUUGGCCAGCUUUGGAAGAUUUCAAGAUGGAUCGGUGUUCCUAUUUGAGUACAUCUUUCAUUGCUGAAGUUGUAGCUAAAGUGCGAAACCAAGAAGAGAAAUUGCGAAUUCUGUGCAUUGGAAGUUGCAAUCAGUUAUGUGACAUAGUUCUAUCUGGGUUGAAAGAUGGCUUCUUCAAAAAUUUGGAAGAAUUAAGUAUAUACAGUAACGGAGUAAAUGUGGUUUUUCAACUGCAAGGUCUUGUCACUGAUAGACAGCAUAUUUUAUCACUCCCAAAUUUGAAGACACUGAGGUUGUACUAUUGGCAAGAACUAGAAGGUUUAUGUAAGAGUCCAGCACAUCUUUUAAGCCUGGAGAAUCUUAUCACUUUAGAUCUUGACCACUGCAAUAGGCUGAGAAAUAUCUUCACACCUUCUCUUGCUAGAAAUUUGUUGCGGUUACAAACUCUAUAUGUCUAUGAUUGUGAAGAAUUGAAGGAAAUCAUUGCUGAAGACGAUGAAGAGGAUCAAUCUGUACUGAAGGAUAAUCUCCAACCUCUGUUCUUUCAAAAUCUCUUGGAAAUCAUUGUUGUAAGGUGCCCCAAAUUAAGACGUUUAUUUCCUGUCACCAUGGCCCAAGGUCUUCAAGAGCUGGAAAAGAUAUUUGUAUUUGAUAACUCUCAAUUUGAAGAAGUAUUUGGACAUGAAAAUGUAGCUGGCAUCAUGGACCACAAAAGAAUCGUGUUGCGGCAACUUAAUUGGUUAUCACUGAAGGCAUUGCCAAGCCUUACCAACUUCUGCCAAGAGGGUUAUCACUUCAUAUUUCCAUCUAUGAGUUCAAAGUUGGGUUCGGUAUUGAUAGUUAAAGAUUGUCCCAAGAUAGCUACAAGAUUUUCCUUGGGUGAGGAUAAAUCUGUGCAUGCUGAGGCUAAGGCAAGGAAAUUACGUAAGCCUUACAUCGAGAUCGAAUGCUAUUCUGAUCAAAUACGACAAAGAUUACCGCCAUAUGUAUAAAAGGAUGAGAAAGGUUAUCACCCAACAGGAGGAAACUUGAAACAUGCUCAUGACUGCUUACCAGUCAAACUCCACUGAAUCCAAAGAAGAAUUUUGGUCUGUUUGUUUGAGGGGAAGUAGAGAAAGCACUACGAAAAAUCCAACUCUCUUCAAUUUGAUAUUCUUGCCGCUACAUCUAAACAAUAUUGCUCAAUUUCAUUUGUUAUGUUUUUUAUUUUUAAUUCUUCUGUCGGCCACAAGAAAACCUCUUAUGUUAAGCAUUGAACCUUUUUUUAAGUGAGGCUGAUGAGUUGAUAUUUGCAUGC